AUGAGUGGAAGCACAUUGAGUUGCGGGUAUGCGAAUUUCGGUAAUCGUCCGUAUUAUCCGAGGAGAUGUAAAGAUCGGAAGAGUUUUUCGACAAAUAUAGAGUCUCUUCCCGAAGAACUGUUGUUCGAGAUUCUUCUACUACUCUCAUCCAAAGAUAUCCACAAUGGGGCAAGACUUGUUAGCAAGAGAUGGUACAACAUAAUCCGUAACCCUAACUUCGUAAAAGCGCACCUUCGCAACAAUCCAUCGACCGUCGGACUUCUCAUCCAGAGUUACGAUGUGCCCGGGGAUCCAGCCUUUGUGUCACUGCGGCGAGGAAAAGUUGAGGUAUCUAAAUUGAACUACAAUUUCCCUCAAACAAUUUGGAGCAGCUGUAAUGGUUUGAUACUAGAAUUGGAUCUCAAAACACAAAAGGGUGUUUACAUUUUAAACCCCGAAACGAACUUUCGGUUUGAUCUCCCUCGAGUUAUUUGUGAACCGGACGAGCAUCUUGAGUAUUGUAUAGCAUAUUCCGCAGCUUCCAAGGAGUACAAAGUGGUCCACACGUCUUAUUAUACAAAGUACUAUGGUAUUCCCAAGCUACGAUACUGUGCUAUACUGACUGUCGGAGUCGACAAGUCUUGGAUGCACGUCGGUACACAACACUUAUCUGCCACAGCUAGAAAUCUUCUCACCGGUUUUCCGUUGGCUACCGAAGGUUUUAUUCAUUGGACUUCCAACGAGAGGCUACACACUCAUGUUCUGACUAUGAACGUAGAGACUGAAGUUAUUACAGAGAAUGUUGUUCCUCAGGGUUACGGAGAAAGCUUCGGGUAUUAUCUGCCGAUGGGGAGUUGUCUAACUUUGUUCAUUGAGCGCAGUGAAUUUUCUUUCGAGAUAUUGAAGAUGAAAUCAGAAACGGGAGAAUGGACUAAGUUGCCCAACGUUGACUUGGAAGGUCGAAGAAGCAGAAUCGAACAGUUUGUCAGUGAAUGUUGUGGGUCCCGCCAAGACGAACCUAGAUAUCUUAUACUCGAACCAGGUGGUUGGUUAGAUGAAGAGGUGUUGGUGUUGCAUGUUUCUCCAACUAGGGUUUUCGUUGUCUACAAUGUUCGUACGCAGGAAAUCGACUUCUUCAAGUUUGAUUAUGAUUCUGGUGGUUACGGAUUUAACGUUCUUAGAAAAAAAUUAUGA